ACAAAAUGUCCUAAAAUUUCCGAUCUGUAUGUAGAAUUCAAUAAUUGUACUAGUACUAAUUAUUAGUUGGCACUUGGCAGCACCCAUUUUAGUGAACCAUUCUACUAGCUCCAGUUGACUUUGCCAGUCAACCCCUGAAAGCAAACUCACAGGUGCAGCCAUGGCAGAUGUAGCAGUGAAGUUCCUACUAGAAAACUUGCUGCAACUAUUGAUUGACAACGCUGAUUUAAUUGUUGGUGUAAAAGGUGAAGUUGAAGAAUUACUCAGAGAUCUCAAUGACUUCAAUGCUUUUCUAAAACAAGCUGCUAAAUCAAGAAGGGACAAUGAGGUUUUGAAAGAACUGGUGAAGAAAAUCAGGAAAGUGGUGAACGAUGCUGAGGAUUCGAUUGAUAAAUUUGUGAUUGAAGCUAAGAGACAUGACGAUAAAAAUAAAUUUCUUCAGUGGUUUCAUCUUACUCAUGUUGCUAGAGCUAAAGGGGUGGCCGAUGAGAUUAAAAUUAUAAGGGACAGGGUGAAGGCAAUUCGUGAGGAUGAUGCUUAUGGUCUUCAAGCUAUUUCAUUUGAUGAUAAUCCCAACAGAGGUGAUGAGGAGAGGAAGGUCCCUGUAGUUGAGGAAGAUGACGUGGUAGGUUUUGAUGAGGAAGCAAAAACUGUAAUUGAUCGUCUCAUCGGAGGAUCAGAUGAUGUCGAGGUUGUGCCAGUCGUUGGUAUGCCUGGUCUUGGAAAAACAACUUUGGCAUAUAAGAUCUACAAGGAUCCUAAGGUUGAGUAUGAGUUUUUCACCCGCAUUUGGGUAUACGUCUCUCAAACAUUCAAGAGAAGGGAAAUAUUCCUCAACAUCAUCAGCAAAUUCACUCGUAACACCAAACAAUAUCAUGAUACACCAGAGGACGACUUAGCAAAUGAAGUAAAGGAUCUUCUUGGAAAGGGUGGGAAAUAUCUUAUUGUUUUGGAUGAUGUGUGGACGAGGGAAGCUUGGGAUCGCAUCAAAGUUGCUUUCCCCAAUAAUCAUAAACGGAAUAGAGUCUUGAUGACUACUAGACAAAAAAAUGUGGCUAAGCUUUGCAAUGAUAAACCUCAUGAUCUAAAGUUUUUGACUAAAGAUGAAAGUUGGGAGCUACUUGAGAAGAAGGUUUUUCACAAGGAAAAGUGUCUACCUGAGUUAGAGUUACGCGGAAAAAGUAUAGCCGAAAAAUGUAUGGGCUUGCCUCUUGCAAUAGUUGUUAUCGCUGGAGCUUUGAUAGGCAAAGGAAAGACAACAAGGGAGUGGGAAUUGGUGGCUGAAAGCGUGGGCGAGCACCUCAUAAAUAGAGAUCCAGAGAACUGCAAGAAAUUAGUGCAAAUGAGUUAUGACCGUUUGCCUUACGACUUAAAGGCGUGUUUCUUAUAUUGUGGGGCUUUUCCGGGAGGUUUUGAAAUUCCAGCUCGGAAGUUGAUUCGUUUAUGGAUAUCGGAAGGAUUCAUACAAUACCAAGGAUCAUUGACUCUAGAGGAUAUAGCAGAGGACCACUUGAAUGAUCUUGUCAAUAGGAACUUAGUGAUGGUAAUGAAAAGGAAUUGUAGCGGUCAAAUCAAAACAUGUCGUGUUCAUGACAUGUUGCAUGAGUUUUGCAGACACGAGGCUAUGACGGAGGAAAAUCUUUUUCAAGAAAUCAAACGAGGGCAAGAACGGUCUUUUCCAGAGAAACGAGAGUUAGCCACUUAUCGUCGCUUGUGUAUUCAUUCCUCUGUUCCUGAAUUCUUGUCAACAAAGCCCUCCGGCGAGCAUGUCAGGUCAUUCUUAUGCUUUGGCUCGAAAAAAAUUGACAUGCCUUUAAAUGACAUACCUGCCAUCCCCAGAGCAUUUCCCUUGCUUAGGGUAUUAGAUACGGAAUCGAUCAAGUUCAGUCGUUUUUCUAAAGAGUUCUUCAAGUUAUUCCAUUUGAGGUACAUUGCUUUCUCAACUGAUAAGAUUAUUACCAUUCCUCCGAACUUUGGGAAUCUUUGGAAUGUACAAACACUUUUAAUUGAGACGCAACAGGGUACUCUUGACAUCAAAGCAGAUAUUUGGAAUAUGACCAGAUUAAGGCAUGUUUGCACAAACGCCUCUGCUACAUUGCCUUCCCCUAAACGCCCCAAGAGCGGAAAGGACAACUUGGCGAAUCGUUGCCUACAAACACUUUCUACUAUAGCACCUGAAUGUUGCACGGCGGAAGUUUUUACUCGAACUCCUAAUCUCAAGAAAUUAGGCGUUCGUGGAAAAAUAGAUGCACUUUUAGAAGACAGUAAUUUGUUCAGUAACAUAGGUAAGUUAGCUUGCCUCGAAAAUCUGAAGUUGGUGAACGAUACUCGUCUAAGUAGUAAAGAGCUACGCCUUCCUCCAGCAUAUAUUUUUCCUCAGAAGCUAAAAAAGCUCAGUCUGAUAGAUACUUGGUUUGACUGGAAAGAUAUGUCUAUAUUGGGUCAAUUAGAGUACCUCGAAGUGCUGAAGUUGGAAGAAAACGCGUUUAGGGGACAGUUGUUGGACCCGGAGGACGGUGGUUUUCCUCGUCUGCAGGUCCUGUGGAUCGAAAGGACAGAUUUAACUUCUUGGAAGGCCUCAUCCGGGAACUUUCCACGAUUAAAACGCCUUGUUCUUAUAGCAUGUGAUAAGCUUGAGGAGCUCCCAGCUGAACUGGCUGAUGUGCAAAGCCUCCAGUUAAUGGAACUCCAGAGUUGCAACGAAUCUGCUGCUAAAUCUGCACGAGCGAUACUAAAGAAGAAACAAGAAAAAGAAGGCGGCGGAUUCAAGCUUUCUGUAUUUCCUCCAGAUCUUGGAUUGUAACUUUAAAGAUUGCUUCAUUGGCACUUGACAGAUAUAAAGUACAUGCCAGCUGAUCAUGCAUCGUUUUGCAUAGGGGCUUUUGUCAUUUCUGAUACCGGAGUCACUGCAAAUCCUUCAGCUUGCUACUACUACAUUUGCCUUACUGGUUAUAUAUAACAGUAUUAACAGAGAAGUCUCCUGCUAAUAAAAGCUGCAUUUGGUUUCAAAGAGACUUCCACUGCACUAUGCCAAAAUGAAGAUGAGUUUGGAGCAUUUUUUUUUUCUAUUGUUGUGUCUAGAUUCACACUGAAGAAGAGCCUGUCAUUGGCAAUUAGUUUCUAUAUGUACUGUUGCCUUGUUGAUUGUGACUUCAUUGUUGUAAUUUUAACUUGUUUUGUGCUCUUUCUUUGUUUCUGUAAGUCGUCUUGGUUUUCCCUUCUCUGGACUUGGUUCUUGAUGUACAUUGAUGAAUUCUUGUGAAACAGUAGAAUGUUAUCUUAUUGUUGUUGCUUA